AUGGCAGACCCAUACCAAUGGCGCGAGUCGGUCCUCUCAACACGCAGUCUUUCCUAUGUCAGCACCUUCGACGCCCUCGAAUCCAGCCUGCGCCCUUCGACCCUCCGCAAAAACACCUUGACUUCAAUAUCCUCUUCUCUCGCCGAUGACCAAGACUUCCACGACGCCCUCACCCAAGUGCCCUCGUCCGACAUGCUUCCCUCAUCAGUAUCAACCUCACCACUCUUCCGCUUACCACGCGACAUUCGACUACAAAUCUACUCUCUCCUCCUCACCAGUACACAACCAAUCCUCUGGCCCACAGAGCACGCCUCCCACACUCUCGAUCCACAACUCCUGCGUUGCUGUCGCCCAAUCUACGAAGAAGCAGCUCACGUCCUCUACCAAACAAACACCCUCACCUUCGCUCACCCCAGCGAUGCAAACAUGUUUGCCCACGCUUUGAGUAAUCGCUCUUUCGCCUGCUUGGUCCCACACAUCAUUUUGCGUAUCCGCAGCAACGAUACUCGUCUCUGGACAGGCUGGUUCAAUACAAAUGCUGCCGAGCGCAGUCUCGUGCGCGACCUGCCCGGUCUUCGUCGGCUCACAAUCCGCUACAGAGGGCCUAGGUGGCAGCCGAGUCUGAACGAAAAAGCGAAUGCUGAUCUCUGGCUCAAGGAUCCAAAGUUGCAAGAGAUCAUUUUGAGUGUGAGAAAGUGUGUGCCUGAGGUCAGGCUGUUGCUGUGCGUGAGGUUACCUGACGAGGUCGCUGAAGAGAUCAAGAGAGGUUUGGACAAGACCGAGGAGGGAGAAGAGAAGAUGCCCCAUGUCAUGUUCAGGAGGUGGGUAUGGUUGAAUGGCUGUCAUAUUCGUGUCGAACCCCUUGGCAAGGAUGACGACGUAUGA